AUGGCUGGUUUGAAUGCGAUGGCUGGUUUGAAUGCAAUAGCUGGUUUGAACGUGACGGCUGGUUUGAAUGUAACGGCUGGACGGCUGAAACGAAUAGAACAACUAGAACCAACAGAACUGUGAACAUCUGGAAUACCAAACCACCUGAAACACCCAAAACACCUGGAACUGAAAACAACAGAAUUGUAGUAACUAAAGCACCUAGAACACCUGAAACACCAAAACACCAAAACACCUGGAACACCAAAACCCUAGGACCAAUAAUGAAACAAACGGCUGGAACGAAUGGAAUGGCUGGAAUAAAUAGGACGGCUGGUUUGAAUGCGACAGCUGGAAUGAAUAGAACAACUAGAGCCAACAGAACUACGGCUGAAACAAAUGGGACAGCUGGUUUGAAUGCGACAGCUGGAACGAAUAGAACAACUAGAGCUGACAGAACUGUA